CAUUGAUGUUACACACCAUCCACCUUAGUGCCUGCUGUACCAAAGCCCAGCUGCUGUUCAGCAUCCCUUGCUCUGCAGGAUGUCACAGAUCAACAUGGACCAGAAAGAGGAGCUGCUGAAAAUUACCAAAAAGCUGGAGAAGAUGGUGGCCAAGAGAAAGUUGGAUGGGGCCCUGGGCCUUCUGAAGAAGCUGAGAAGCUAUCAGAUGUCCAUCUAUCUGCUACAGACCACCAGGAUUGGGGUUGCUGUUAAUGGGGUUCGCAAGCACUGCUCAGACAAGGAGGUGGUGGCCUUGGCCAAAGUCCUCAUCAAAAACUGGAAGCAGCUGCUGAACUCCCCAAGAUGUCUUAAAGAAGAAAAAGGAAAAAGAAAACGAAAAGCAAAGAAGAAGGUGAAAGUGCUUGAUUCUUCAGAUUGGAAGCCAAAAGCAGCCCUUUCUUUACCCACGAGGAAAGAAAAGGUAGAAACCAAGAGCAAGAGAGACUCUGUGGCCUCUGAGUCUUCUGCCACCUCCUCACUAAAGAGACCGUCAAUGAAAAGAUCAAACAGCAGCAAAUCAAAAGUGAAGACCCCCAAAACACCUAGCAGCCCCUCAACAUUUGCCCCCUCCAUUUGCCUCCUGUCUCCCAGCUACCUCACAGGGAACUCUAUCCGGGACAAGUGUGUGGAGAUGCUGUCAGUGGCCCUGAAGGCAGAAGAUGAUUACAAGGACUAUGGAGUCAACUGUGACAAGAUGGCAUCAGAAAUUGAACAGCACAUCUACCAGGAGCUCAAGAGCACAGACAUAAAGUACCGGAACCGAGUGCGCAGCCGCAUCAGCAACCUCAGGGACCCCAAGAACCCUGGGCUCCGGAGGAAUGUUCUCAGUGGGGCUAUUUCCACUGGCCUCAUUGCCAAGAUGAUGGCAGAAGAAAUGGCCAGUGAUGAACUGAAGGAGUUGAGGAAUGCCAUGACCCAAGAGGCCAUCCGUGAGCACCAAAUGGCCAAGACUAGUGGCACCAACACUGACCUCCUCCAGUGUGGCAAGUGCAAGAAGAAAAACUGUACCUACAACCAAGUACAGACACUCAGUGCUGAUGAGCCCAUGACUACCUUUGUCCUAUGCAAUGAAUGUGGGCAUCGCUGGAAGUUCUACUGACAGCAUCUCUCACCAGGGGGCAUGAAGGAGGCAAGGAAGACCAAGUAUGUGGAGCCAUCCGAACUGGAGAAAAAAUAACUGAAAUGAAGAAAACUACUUAUAACUGAGUAAAACAGCAGGGAUCAGAGGGAAAAUUCAUUUGCCAAUUAAUAAUCAGUCAUUCAUAAUGAUUGGCUAAUAGAAGAGCAUAACUGGAGUACCAGGCUAAGAAUCCAUGUUGACAGAUUUCUUGUAGAAAGUCACAACAUUAUGGCUGAGGAGUCACAUCUUUGACUACGCCACUUGACCUUUGCGUUGAGGCCCUUCCUUCUCACCCAAAUCCAUCAGACUUUCUUGGAUUGAAAAAUACCAGAGGGCUGAGGGUUUAAAUCAACAGUAGAAUGCUUGCCUAACAUGCUGGAAGAUCCAGGUUCAAUUUCCAGCACUUCAAGAAAUGAGGAAAGAAAGCACAUGAGAGUCAGGGUAUAGCUCACUAGUAGAGUACAUGCUCAGUGUGCUUGAGGUCGUAGUUCAGUUCCUACUACCAAAGAAAGAAAAGAAAACAAUUACCACUGGACAUGGUGGUACAUGCCUAUAAUCCCAGUACUCUGAAAAGCCAAGGCAGAGCAACUGCAAGUUCAAAUGGACAACUUAGUGACUUAAUGAGGCCCUGUCUCAAAACAAAAAAUAAAAAAGGGGUGGGAAUGUAGUGCACU